GCGCCCCGGGGGUCGGGGCCGCUGGCUGUUCCCCGGCACUCGGUGUGUGGGCUUGCCUCAGGACCCGGAACUCGGCGAGGAGCGAGGAUAACCUACUUUACCGAACUUGAGCCAUGAGCCCGGAUUGGCUCUAAGCGCUUUAUCUACGGGAACUCAUACAUUUAUAGCCUCCCGGUGCCCUGCGGUUUUACGCGCGCUCUGCCGAUGAGGAAAGUGGCUUAGAAAGUGGAGGAGCGCACAGCCACCGGCAGGAGACCACCCUCUCCUGACACCUGUGCCUCCUUCCACCUGCGGGAGGCCGACCCCGGGAGCUCUGCCGGGGUGCCUGCCCUUGGGAGACGCCCAGUCGUCCUCCCCUUGGUCCCCACCCACCGCCCGCUCCCGAUCACCAAGCGAUCACCAAGGGGCCCUUUAGCCCCGCUGACAUCAAUCACCGCAAGACCCCUGGGACUCCCGGGCUCUUUCUGCUUAAGUCAGAACAUAUUACCCUGGUGUUUUGAAAUUGAGGUCAGCAAGAAUGGAAAAAGAACGUUGGUGACCCCUCAGGCUGCAGAAUGAAAAACUCCCAUAAAUGUAAAACAAGCGAAAGCAGCUGUACGUGACAUCAUAUAAAAGUAGCAAGCCCAGCCCCUGGGCCUGAAUAGAUCCUUAACAGAAUUUACUUGUUGAUGCCAUUGUACACAUGGUUAUGACUAGUAAGGGACACAGGAAAUGGUGAUACAUAAACAUAAAGGAACGGGCAGACGGAGAAUGGGAAGGACCUCUUGACUCCCAAUUCAGAUGUUCACUCUGCCUCAGAAGGAAUCUAGGGCACCUGCCACCUGUCCGGGCCCAGCCUCCACACAGGACCUGGACAGUAACUAUGAGGAUGGUCUGGAAAGAGAAUGCUCCAGAAAACCAGACCGGAAGGUGCCAGAGUUCUGUGGAGUGGGUGAUCCCACUGCCAUGUUAUCCUCAGACAGCUCUUACCUGUCCUCUAGGGGAGGCAUCAUUAAGUGGUUCUGGGACUCGGCAGAAGAGGGCUACAGGACCUACCACAUGGACGAGUAUGAUGAGGAUAAGAACCCCAGCGGCAUCAUUAACUUGGGCACCAGUGAGAACAAACUCUGCUUUGACCUGCUGUCCAGGCGGCUGAGCCAGAGCGACAUGCUGCGGGUGGAGCCGUCCCUGCUGCAGUACCCUGACUGGAGGGGACAUCGGUUCCUCCGGGAGGAAGUGGCCAGAUUCCUGUCUUUCUACUGCAAGAGGCCUACACCCCUUAAGCCAGAGAAUGUGGUUGUUCUGAAUGGCUGUGCCUCUCUCUUCUCGGCUCUGGCCACGGUGCUGUGUGAGGUCGGGGAGGCUUUCCUGAUCCCCACACCUUACUAUGGAGCCAUCACACAGCACGUCUAUCUCUAUGGCCACGUCCGUCUGGUCUGUGUCUAUCUGGACAGUGAGGUCACUGGGCUGGACACACGCCCCUUCCAGCUCACCGUGGAGAGGCUUGAGAUGGCCCUGCAGAGAGCUAAUUCUGAGGGUGUGAAGGUUAAAGGUCUCAUCCUCAUCAACCCCCACAACCCUCUGGGCGACAUCUACUCCCCAGGAGAGCUGCGGGACUACCUGGAAUUUGCCAAGAGGCACGAGCUGCACGUGUUGGUGGAUGAGGUCUACAUGCUGUCCGUGUUUGAGAAGUCGGCGGCCUACUGCAGCGUCCUGAGCCUGGAAGGGUUGCCUGACCCCCAGAGGACCCACGUGAUGUGGGCGGCCAGCAAGGACUUCGGGAUGUCUGGGCUCCGCUUUGGCACGCUGUACACGGAAAACCGGGACGUGGCCACUGCGGUGGCUUCCCUCUGCCGUUAUCACGGCCUCAGUGGCUUGGUCCAGUACCAGAUGGCGCAGCUGCUCCGGGACCGUGACUGGAUCAACCAGGUGUACUUACCGGAGAACCAUGCCCGGCUCAAGGCUGCCCACACCUAUGUGGCAGGAGAGCUCCGGGCCCUGGGCAUCCCCUUCCUGAGCCGCGGGGCGGGCUUCUUCAUCUGGGUUGACCUGAGGAAGUUCCUGCCUGAGGCCACCUUUAAGGAGGAAAUGCUGCUUUGGCGCCGCUUUUUGGACAACAAGGUGCUGCUGUCCUGUGGCAAGACCUUCGAGUGUAAAGAGCCCGGCUGGUUCCGCUUGGUCUUCUCGGACAAGGCCCACCGGCUUUGCCUGGGGAUGCAGAGGGUCCGGCAGGUGCUUGGGGGCAAAUCCCAGGUGGCCGAAGAGCCCCGUUCCUGUCAGACCCAGGAGCCAAGGAGCCAGCGCAGAUGAGCUGGUCGUCGCUGGGGGACAGCAGGGCCUGGCAGCCACCGCCAACCCGAGCCAUUUGGGGCUGUGAAGACCGACGGCGGAUGGGCCAUUUGUCAGGCGGGUACCCGACGUGACCUCACCCCCGAAGAAGAACCAUUCCUGGCCCCUCUCGGGCAGUGAGAGACUCCUUUGGCUGUGCUCUGCUUCAGCCCCUCCCCCUCUACUAAACAAAACUGGGAGAAACUAAAAGCCUCUGUGGUGAGUAAUGUACAGAAUGGAGGAGUCGUGACUGCUCUUAAGCACAACCCUUCGCCCCCUGAGAUCAUGAAAAGAAAACAACGUGUACCUUCUUUUGACUGCACCGUCCUUCCUCCUUUUUUUGCCAGAGAAACAAGUCAGAGGAACAACACAUAUAAGAGAGAACAUGCCCAAGAAAUAAACAAGGGUGAUAAUUCCCAAACCCCAGGAGGAAGGAGUUAA